AAAGUGUCAGUCUCAGUUCUCUCUGGGGCUCAUCAGGGAAAAGUUUAUUGGUCUCAAUUAGCAGUCCCAUAAAGGAAGAAAAUUGGAGUCUUAAUGAGCUUCCUCUGAUUUGCAAAAUAACACGUUUCCAGGCCUCUGGGCAUCGGAUGUGUGGGGUGAAAGCCUGCCUCCCCUGUGAGUGUUGGAUAGUGCUGCAGCCUUCAGUGUAGGUACAAAGAGUUAUGACUGACGAGUUUUUAAUUGUCUCUUUACAUCCCUGAGUUGCUUCAUUGCAAUCUUUAAUAAGAUCUGCAGGGUUUGGAAACAGGCGUUUGGGGCCAAGGGGCUCAGUGUGAGAUGUUGCCAGAAAAACGAGCGUCAGGACACUGAGAGCCACAUAAGUGGGAGCACAAACUACAGCAAGCACAAAACCAGGUCGCAUUAUGUGCCCAUCUCUCCCCACCAGAGUCCUUGGAACCUUCGCAGUCCGGAGCUCUGGGAUGGAGCCUGAGACAGUGCUGUGGGGCCCAGAUCUGCAGGGUCCUGAAGACAGCCGGAGCAGUGCUAACGGAGGUGCGGAAAGUGGGAACGAAGAGGAGAGCCCUCAGCAGGAAAGUUCUGGGGAGGAGAUCAUCUUGGGAGAUCCAGCUCAGAGUCCAGAAUCCAAGGACCCAGCAGAGAUGCCCCAGGAGAGCCCCUCCCAGGAUGCCUCAGCCCCACUCGGUUCUUCCAGCCCCUUAGACCACCAGACCCCUAUGGACCCGUCAGCCCCCGAGGUAGUCCCUUCCCCAUCUGAGUGGACCAAGGCCUGUGAGACCAAUUGGCAGUGGGGAACCCUCACCACCUGGAACAGCACACCAGUAGUCACUGCCAGUGAGCCCAGCCUGCGGGAGCUGGUGCAGGGUCGCCCGGCUGGGGCUGAGAAACCAUACAUCUGCAACGAGUGUGGUAAGAGCUUUAGCCAGUGGUCCAAACUGCUGCGGCACCAGCGAAUCCACACGGGCGAGCGGCCCAACACGUGCUCCGAGUGCGGCAAGAGCUUCACGCAGAGCUCGCACCUGGUGCAGCACCAGCGCACGCACACGGGCGAGAAGCCCUACAAGUGCCCCGACUGUGGCAAGUGCUUCAGCUGGAGCUCCAAUCUAGUGCAGCACCAGCGCACGCACACGGGCGAGAAGCCCUACAAGUGCACCGAGUGCGAGAAAGCCUUCACACAGAGCACCAACCUCAUCAAGCACCAGCGGUCCCACACUGGCGAGAAACCCUACAAGUGCGGCGAGUGCCGGCGUGCUUUCUACCGCAGCUCGGACCUCAUCCAGCACCAAGCCACGCACACGGGCGAAAAGCCCUACAAGUGCCCCGAGUGCGGCAAGCGCUUCGGCCAGAACCACAACCUACUCAAGCACCAGAAGAUCCAUGCAGGGGAGAAGCCAUAUCGCUGCACCGAGUGCGGCAAGAGCUUCAUCCAGAGCUCGGAGCUGACGCAGCACCAGCGCACGCACACCGGGGAGAAGCCCUACGAGUGCCUCGAGUGUGGCAAGAGCUUUGGCCACAGCUCCACGCUUAUUAAGCACCAGCGGACACACCUGCGCGAGGACCCCUUCAAGUGCCCCGUGUGUGGCAAGACCUUCACGCUGAGUGCCACGCUGCUGCGCCAUCAGCGCACGCACACGGGGGAGCGGCCUUACAAGUGUCCCGAGUGCGGCAAGAGCUUCAGCGUCAGCUCCAACCUCAUCAACCACCAGCGCAUCCACCGCGGGGAGAGGCCGUACAUCUGCGCAGACUGCGGCAAAAGCUUCAUCAUGAGCUCCACUCUGAUCCGCCACCAGCGCAUCCACACCGGCGAGAAGCCCUAUAAGUGCUCGGACUGCGGCAAGAGCUUCAUUCGUAGCUCGCACCUCAUCCAGCACCGCCGCACGCACACGGGCGAGAAGCCCUACAAGUGUCCGGAGUGCGGCAAGAGCUUCAGCCAGAGCUCCAACCUCAUCACGCAUGUCCGCACACACAUGGACGAGAACCUGUUCGUGUGCUCUGACUGCGGCAAGGCCUUCCUGGAGGCUCAGGAGCUGGAGCAGCACCGCGUGAUCCACGAGAGAGGCAAGACACCUGCCCGGAGAGCUCCGGGUGAUGGCUUGCUAGGGCUUGGGGAUCCAGCCCUUCUGACUCCGCCCCCGGGAGCCAAACCCCACAAGUGUCUGGUCUGUGGGAAAGGCUUCAAUGAUGAAGGCAUCUUCAUGCAGCACCAGAGGAUUCAUAUCGGAGAAAAUCCCUACAAAAACGCAGACGGUCUCACAGCACACCCGACGACUCCCAAGCCUCCCCAGUUCCGUUCCCCCAGGCUCCCCUUUGGGGGCAACUCACACACAGGUGCUUCGGAGGGCAAAGCGGAACCCCCAGGCCAGUCUGUAAAAGUGCCCGAGGGUCAAGAGGGCUUCAGCCAAAGGCUCGGUCAACUCUCUUCUAAGCGCUAUGUUUGUUCCCACUGUGGUGAAAGCUUCCUUGACAGGGCUGUGUUCUUGCAACAUCAGCUCACCCACGGCAAGGAAAAGCCUCUUCUCUUUGCUGAGAGUAGGAUUGGCCUUGGCGAAGGGGCAGGACCCAGCCCCUUCCUAAGCGCAAAGCCCUUUAAAUGCCCAGAAUGCAAAAAAAGCUUUGGCCUCAGCUCGGAGCUGCUGCAGCACCAGAAAGUCCACGCGGGUGGGAAAUCCCAGAAGAGCUCGGAGCUGGGGAAGAGCUCUUCAGUCCUGUUGGAGCAUCUCAGGAGCCCCCUGGGGGCCAGACCCUACAGCUGCUCUGACUGUGGGGCCUCCUUCCUCGAUCGACUAGCUCUUACACGACACCAGGAAACACACACCACUCACGACAGGGCCCCCACUCCUGAGGAACCCCCUUCAGAGGCAGCCACCUUGUCCACAAACCAGGAAGACGAGGGAGAGGCCUCUAGCCCCACAAAGAGCAGCAGCCACGGGGAAGAGGAAAGUCCUAAAACUCUCUCGGAGAAAAAGCCCUAUUUGUGCCCUGAAUGUGGAGAUGGCUUCACGGAAGUCGCAACGCUCCUCCUCCAUAGGAGCUGCCACCCAGGCAUCUCCCUGUGAAUUAGG